AUGCAGUCACCGCACAAGGAUGAAUGGUUGGAGGCCGAACGAAAUCGAGUUGACAAGGUCUAUACUGUCAAAAAGGCCCUUCAAGCCGUCCCGGCUCCACCACCUAGAGCUAUCGAGCUACCAGGGAAGUGGGUGUAUGCCGUGAGGAAAGAUAAUGACGGCCUGGUCACCGAAUCAGAGCUCAUUGGGUCGUAUCUGGCAACAGGCAGAAGCCUGGUGUUGUUUUUCACCAAGACGGAAAAUAUGCACCUGAUGUUCUUGUCCAUGGCUGCCAUUCUGACAUGGCCGGUGUUGAUGCAGUGGGACGUGAUCAUGGCGUAUCUCAACGCAGCGAUCGAUGGCCGCAUCCUCCUCAUGCGCCAACCAAGUAGCCACGAGAAAUACGGACCGAAUGGCGAAGAGCUCGUGGCAGAUCUGUCAAGCCUAAUAUGGCCUACACCAAGCAGCCUGCUUAUGGCACGAGCGCUUCACAAGCAAUCUGCGAAAGCUUGGCUUCCAACCGAAGGCCUUGUUGGCUUCCUUGAUGCAUUCAUUGCUGAUACAGAAGACAACAAGUCAACUGAGGGCUACGUGUGGUUCUGUGGUGGUGCUCCCGUCUCCUGGACAUCCCGUCGCAAGAGAUCGCGGCUAAAUCAAGCACUGUGGCUGAAUAUUGAUCAAUGGACACUGCUGUGCGUGAAGGACUCUAUCCGGCCAAGUUGGCCACUGGCCUGGGCCUCAUGCAGCCGUCAAAUCAAGAUGGUGACUACUUAA